GGAGAGGUUUUUUUUUUUUUUUUUUUUUUUUUUAGGUCCUUGUCUUGUGAACCUCUUCGGCCCGGACGUUUUUCUUGUCUCUUCCCGUUUGAACAUGGUGCGAACUAAAGCAGACAGCGUCCCAGGCACCUACAGAAAAGUGGUGGCUUCUCGAGCCCCAAGAAAGAUCCUUGGUUCCUCCACCUCUGCUACUAAUUCUACAUCGCUUUCAUCAAGGAAAGCUGAAAAUAAGUAUGCAGGAGGAAAUCCAGUUUGUGUACGUCCAACUCCCAAGUGGCAGAAAGGAAUUGGAGAAUUCUUUAGGCUGUCCCCUAAAGAUUCUGAAAAGGAGAAUCGGAUUCCUGAAGAGCCAGGAAGCAGUGGCUUAGGAAAAGCAAAGAGAAAAGUAUGUCCUUUGCAACCUGACCACACAGAUGAUGAAAAAGAAUAGAACUUAUUCAUCUUUGAAUAAUGUCUCCUGUUUACUCUGGUAUUUUAGGGUAUAAAUUUGCAUAGAUAUGUUUGUUCAGUAAGCUUUGAUGAAUAGGCAUUCGAUUUAAAAAAUGAGGCUAAAGUUUAUUCAAAAGCAAGUUAUGAAAUUGGAGAAUUUGUAAAAUUACGGUUACUUAGGUUAAUAUUCAAUUUUAAUGCACUAUGUUGGUUCUUUUACCUGUUAUAAAGCUUCUUGUUCUUGCUAACAUUAAAUCAGUGCAUGAUGUUCCAAUUACUAAUGUCCUGUAUUUGAGAUUUGUUUACAUCUUUGUACUGAUGUCAUUUGGGCAUUGAAAUUAUGCUAUGUUUUUAUUCCCUUUAUUUGCUUUAAAAAAGCAGAGUUAGAGUUUUGCACAUGAAAAAAAAAUCAGUAUUAAUUAAAUUUAGUUUCUGUCAUUUUUCGGAAAGGGGGCCAAAAAUGCCCUCUUGAAUAAAUUUGGAUGGAUGUGGAAAAAGUUAAGGACAGUUAAAACAACAAAAAGACAAAAUUCUAGCAUAGAAUAAGGAAAAAAGAUUCGAUAAGCCACAUUAAUAGGGAGGAAUUUUUCUUGGAUAUUUGAUUCAGUAUCAUAAAAUAUUACCCUUUGCAUUUAUACUUUUAAAGUUGGAAAUCAAUAAAAUAUGACAGGCAAAUCAUGCCAUAAACCAACAGCUAUGUCUAAAGUCCUUAGAGCAUUCACUGCAUUUCUCAAGAUUAACUGAAGAAGUGGGUAUAAUACUACUUGUUAAUUGAUGUUCUUGCUUUCCUAGCACACUUUUUGCAUACUGACAAGCUGUCAAUUUUCAAAAUUAACCAUGUUUUAACAGGCAUGUUUUCUGAAAUUUGAAAUAAAAGACUACUUAUUUUCACAAUACA